CCAGUCUGGAUAACGUAACGCUCCGUCGAGCGAGCCCGUUCCCCACUGCUUGCCUUUUGGUAGUUGAGGCAGCAGCGUUCCCCAGCCAGUCUGGCGUCCAUGGCGGGUGCCCGCGCGGUUGCCGUGGCCACUCCAGCCGCGCCGCCACGAGCCGCCGAUCCCAGCACAAACCUGGCGCCGCGGCGCUGCAGCCUCUACCGGGUGAGCUGCCGGCAAAACCCCCGGGUGGCCGCGCCGGUCGGUCUCGCGGCCACGAGGAGCCGCGGCACCCGAGGUCCCGCGCGCCUCUCCAGCCGCGACCCCGCCGAGGCCGAAACGGACGCGGGCGCGGGGCGAAUCCCCAAGGAUGACUCCAGCUACCUGUGGACAUUGGGCCUCGGAUCCGUUGGUGGCGCCGCGGUUAUAAAGUACGGAAGCAUCCUGCUCCCUGACAUCACAAGGCCAAACAUUGUGCUAGCUCUGCUGAUGGUGUCCCUGCCUGUCGUAGCUGCAGUUUUGAUUUUGCUCAAGGCGAGCUCAUCGGAGGACUGAUACGAGUACUCCUUGUCGGAACUUGAGACCAUUUAGUAUGACUUCUUUAAGAUUUCGAUGGCCAUCUUGUAAGAUCGAAAAUUUGCAAGUCUGGCUGAAUGUUUUUUUUAAUGCCGUUGCUGUGGCUGUCUUGGCAAAAGCCUGAAAUUAACAAUAGCAGAGUCU